CUUUUUUUUAUACCUGGGAUCCAAUUCCCUCUGAGGCUGCUUCGUUCAACUCGGGUGAGAUUGUUGAGUCGAGGGUUUUGUGGGGGAAGAAGAACAACCAGAUGCGUGAGUGAGGAGGAGAAAGGAGACGGAGGUGCUCUUCCUGCAUAAUUUGUAAAUCAUCCAGGUCUUGGUUGGGCAACCAUAGAGCGGUGAUUUCGUUGUCUGUCCAAUCUGAAUUCUAACAGUUUCUUUGUGAGCGGUUGAUGAUUUUAUCUUGCAUGAGAUAUUAAUGCUUUUGGUGGAUUACCGGAUCAGAUCUAUCGCAACUGCCUCCGACGACUACAAGAGGAGCGGAAAAAGGGGGGCACCGUACUGUUCGACGGAUCGAGAUGGCGGGGCAAAAUAUGGAUCAAUUCGAGCUGUAUUUUAAGAGAGCGGAUUUGGAUGGGGAUGGAAAGAUCACUGGACAUGAAGCUGUAGCUUUCUUUCAAGGAUCCGGUUUGUCAAAACAAGUCCUCGCUCAGAUAUGGACACACGCUGAUCAGGCCCGUGCGGGUUUCCUUGGUCGGGCAGAAUUUUAUAAUGCUCUCAAACUUGUUACGGUGGCACAAAGUAGGCGGGAAUUGACACCUGACAUUGUUAAGGCUGCGUUAUAUGGUCCUGCUGCAGCGAAAAUUCCACCACCAAAGAUUUCUCUUCCUUCCACCCCUGCUAAUCAAUCGAAUUCAAUGGCUGCUACAUCUGUCCCACCGAUGGGUGCAGUUACCCCACCAGCAUCUCAGAAUUUUGGUUUUAGAGGACCAGGAGUUCCAAACUCUAGUACGAACCAGCAAUAUUUUCAUUCUCAGCAAAGUCACUCCAUGGGACCACCUCAAGCCAUUCCUGCUGGUCGGCCCCCUCAGGGGAUUGCAGGUCCUGGAGGUGGUAUGGUGGGUCCACCUAAGGUGAUGCCUCCUGGUUCUGCUUCUAUUCCGCAUCAAGUUAUGCCUGCUGCUACUGCUGGUCUUGGUGCCAUCGGCUUGAACAUCUCAAAUGAUUGGCUCGGUGGGAGGACUGGUGGAACUUCGACUGAACCCAGAGGGGUUAGUCCAUCAAUGCCCUCAGCUACUUCACAGCCCCAAAAUCUACCUUCAAUGACCUCUCAGUCAACUGCAAAUGAUUUAAAAGUGUCAGCUGUUUCUGGAAAUGGGGGUUCUUCCAAUUCAUUUUUUGGAGGCGAUAGGUUUUCUGUAGCUACCUCUGCAACAAAACAGGGACCUUUGACACCAAGCUAUGCAGCUAGUAGUGCACCAGCUUCUUCAGCAAUUGCUUCAGUUUCCAGUGGAGCCCAAAGUUCAGUGAAGCCUAGGUCACUUGAUGCUUUGCAAGGUGCUUUUUCAAUGCAGCCUUUAGGCAGUCAGCCUCCGCAGGCACCGUCUUCAUCGAGUAUAAGUCCACAAUAUUCUGCUCAAAGUAUGCCCACCCUUCCCCCUUCUGGUAUUUCUGUUGUGGAAGCAAAUUCUUCUGACAAUUCACAGCUUCCGUGGCCGAAGAUGAAACCAUCUGAUGUUCAAAAGUAUACGAAAGUCUUUAUGGAAGUAGAUGAUGACAGAGAUGGAAGAAUCACUGGUGAGCAGGCACGGGUUCUAUUCUUGAGUUGGAGGCUACCAAUAGAUGUCUUAAAGCAGGUGUGGGACUUAUCUGAUCAGGAUAAUGAUAGUAUGCUUUCUUUGAGGGAAUUCUGCUUUGCCCUCUAUCUGAUGGAGCGGUACAAGGAAGGUCGUCCUCUUCCUGCAGCACUUCCUAGUAACAUAAUGUUUGAUGAGACUCUCUCCUCCAUGACUGGCCAACCCAGAGUUGCGUUCGGAAAUGCUGCUUGGGGCUCAAAUUCUGGUUUUGGACAGCAGCAGGUGAUGGGUGCUCGUACAAUAACCCUUGCAUCUGGUUUGAGGCCACCACUUCCGCCAACUUCUUCUUUGGCUGAUGGUGCAAUGCCGUCCAAUCAGCAAAAGGCAGGGGCACCUGCUCUGAAUGAUUCUUUUAAAGAUCAACUUGGUAAUGGGGAGCAGACUUUUAUGGCUUCAAACCUUACAGAUGGAACUCCAGCUGCUGAAAAGGCUGAUGGAAGAGAAAAUUUGAUUUUGGAUUCAAAGGAGAAGAUCGAGUUCUAUCGCACAAAGAUGCAGGAACUUGUUCUCUAUAAAAGCCGAUGUGAUAAUAGACUAAAUGAAAUUACAGAAAGAGCUUUGGCAGAUAAGCGAGAGGCAGAAUUACUGGGUAAGAAAUAUGAAGAGAAGUACAAGCAAGUUGCAGAAAUAGCAUCUAAAUUAACUAUUGAAGAGGCAACAUUUCGGGAAAUUCAGGAGAGGAAGAUGGAGUUGAAUCAAGCAAUAAUUAAAAUGGAACAAGGUGGCAGUGCAGAUGGCAUCCUUCAGGUCCGUGCUGAUCGAGUACAAUCAGAUCUUGAAGAGCUUGUGAAGGUGUUAACAGAACGUUGCAAGAAGCAUGGAUUAGAUGUUAAAUCAACUGCAGUGAUUGAGCUUCCAUUAGGCUGGCAACCUGGAAUUCAAGAGAAUGCUGCUGUGUGGGAUGAAGAAUGGGAUAAGUUUGAAGAUGAAGGAUUUGGCAAUGAUCUCACUGUUGAUGUGAAAAAUAUAGUCACUUCUCCGAAAUCAAGAUCUGCUAAUGCUCAGACGGAAAAGGCUUCCUCUGACGGUAGUCUAACCCCUAAUUCAUCGUCAAAUGCUGAUGGGAAAUCUGGUAGCCUUUUCAGUCCCGGGGAACAUGCUGUUGAAAGUGAAUCUGCAUAUGCCCAUAGUGAAGAUGAAUCGUUGAGGAGUCCUGGAAGGAGUGCCCUAGAAAGUCCUUCUCAAGGAUUCUCUGAUGUUUUUGCAAGGAGCACUGAAGUAGAUGCAGAAACACAUAGAAGUUUUGAUGAAUCAUGGGGUGCUGCCUUUGAUGCUCCUGAUGAUACAGACUCGGUAUGGGGAUUUAACCCAUCUAAUUCUAAGGACUCAGAUUCUGAGCAUAGAGAUUUCUUUGGGUCCAGUGAUUUUGGUGUAAACCCAACAAGAACAGAAUCUCCAACUACAGAAAGUGCCUUCCAUAAGAAGAGUAUAUUUUUUGAAGAGUCCGUCCCCGCCACUCCAGUUUCCAGGUUUGGCAACUCUUCCCCAAGAUACAGUGAGGCAGGUGAUCAUUUUGACAGUUCUUCGAGAUUCGAUUCCUUCAGCAUACAUGAAGGUGGAUUUUCUCCACAACGCGAUAAGUUCUCAAGGUUUGAUUCCAUAAACAGUACCAAAGACUUUGGUCGGGGUCAUGGAUUCUCUUCUUUUGACGACGCAGACCCAUUUGGCUCCAGCGGGCCGUUUAAGGUCUCUUCGGAACAUCAAUCUCCGAAGAAAGUUUCCGAUCAUUGGAAUGCUUUCUAGCUGUCAAUCCUUUUUACUUUCUCUAUCCAGUCUUCCCACAUUACCCCGUUUUGUUAAUGGUUUGAUCAUUGUGGCCAUUUUUUGUGUGCUCUGAUGCUUUGAAUAAGAGCUGGACGGUUGUAAAGUUGUUUGGUAUGAUCUGAUGUAUUUAUAUAUUGAUGUAAUAUUCUAUUGUUUUU